GAUCCGCCAAAAUAUUAUUCAACUUUGAUUUUCUCAUCCUUUUAUCCUCUCAGAUGCUGCCAUCGCUAGCAGAAAAUGGUUGAUCAUCUCCCGUUCGCUGACUACGACGUAUGUUUCCGGUUGAUUUUAUGAUGCAGAGAGGACGAAAAGUUUCCUCGCCCGAAGGUAAGAAGAGGCCGGAUUGGCUAGGCGACCUCCUGCAGUGCGGCUUCUUCAGCCAAUGCAGCCGCCACUGCGAGAUGCCGAGGAGCGAGCAGCGGCUCUACUGCCUGGACUGCAACCUCGCCAUCUGCAAGCACUGCGCUGCCAAUGACCACGGACGCCACCCUCGCCUCCACAUCCUCAAGUAUAAGUGCGACAAUGCGGUCCGUGUCCAGGACAUGCGCAGCUACUUCAAUUGCUCCGAGAUUAAGUCAUACAUAAUCAACGAGGACAAAGUGGUGCUCAUAAGUCCCCGAUCACCACCGGAGACGUCGGAGCAACCCAAGAACUGCCGCUCCUGCGCAGCUUGCGGCGUGUCCAUCCAACGCUCGUCUGAGACUUACUGCUCCAUUGCUUGCAAGGUGUCGUUGGAGCCAGCGGACCAGCAAGAGAGGGCCGCCGACGAGGGCUCUCGGAAAGAGAGCAGCACGAUCACAUUGCAUGAUGGGAAGGAGGGGUCGUGCAGCAGCCCCGAGGAUGGUCGCGAUGCUCGGAGCGACGAGCCGAGGCGGUCGUUCAGGCCGAGACACCGGUUGUUGAAGAGGAAAGGGAUUCCUCGCAGGGCUCCCUUGUUUUGACUGAGUGAACGAACCUCAAAGUUUCCAAAUAAUGACCCGAUGGAGCGGUAUGCUUGUUGUUUGCUUGGCAGCUUUUAUUGUCUUUUUUUGGGUUUAGUUGGUCCAGUUGGAUUUCGAUAUCAUAUCGGUUUUAUUUUUGCAUAAGAAGUAUAUUUUCACGAUUCUUAAAGAGUUCUUUUUCCUUUCAAAAUUUAUCGGUUAGUGGGGCCCAAUUGAAAU